AUGUUGAACCAUUCCGCUAGGGAAUGGCUUCACAUGAAGCCGUCCAUGACGGAAGGAGUCAUUUAUGCCAGGAAGAAGGCAGCGACGGCGGCAGCACCGGCGAAGCCGAGGGAGCCAGACAGAGCACCGGCACCGUUGAAGGCGGGGGUGGAGGAGGGCUUGGCGGUGGCGGAGCUCGACGCUGGAGGGGACGUGAGAGGGGCCGCUGGAGCCGCCAACGGGGGAGGAGGCGGUGGGGACAGCGAUGGUCGACCAGGAGGUCACAGCCUGGCAGGUGGUGUGGACAACGGGGACGACAGUCACGGAGGGACCAGCGGGGGCGGGAGCAACCGAGGUGGUAGCAACGGGGACGGGAGCGCUGGAGACGGAGGAGCUGCCGACGGGGGAGACACCGCCAGCGGGAACGGAGGGGGUGACAACGGGAGCAGAGCUGGCGCCAGUCUCGGUGGCACGGCCAGGGCAGUUGGUGACGGUAGGAGCGCACGAGGUGAUGGUGACCUCCUCGGUCUGGUAGACGGUGGACUCAGCGCCGUUGGGGAGGGCGGCAGCCAGGCCGGCGAAAAGGGCAACGGUAACAGCGGCGAAACGCAUUUUGAAUUGUUGGGUUUGAAAUGGAAGAUAAAUCCGUUAAGGUGA